AUGCCGCUAGUUGUUCAAAACGUCAAACCACGCAUCAUCCUGGGCCUCAUGACCUUUGGACCGAGUUCGGAGGAUGGAGCUCGAAUCACUGACGUAGAAACCUUCAACAAGGCCCUCGACGUAUUCCAGGCGAGAGGAUAUAGCGAGGUGGACACGGCUCGUGUCUAUGUUGGCACGAAACAAGAGGCUUUCACGCGGGAAGCCAAAUGGAAGGAGAGGGGACUGACCUUGGCCACCAAGGUGCAUUACCCAGAUUCACCCGGAGAUAACACGGCUGAAAAGGUGGUUGCUUCAGUGGAGACGAGUCUAAAGGAGUUGGGUACCGAUUGUGUAGAUAUUCUCUACCUACACAAGCCCGACCGUGGCACACCGUUCCAGGAGACGCUCGAAGCCAUGGAUAAAUUGCACAAGGCGGGAAAGUUUGUCCGUCUGGGUAUCAGUAACUUCACCGCGUACGAGGUGGCCGAGGUAAUGAUGAUUUGCAAGUAUAACAAUUGGGUUCGCCCCAGUAUCUUCCAGGGCAUGUACAACUGCAUCACUCGCAAUAUCGAGGCGGAGCUGUUUACUGCCUGCCGCCGCUACGGCCUCGACAUUGUGGUGUACAACCCUCUUGCCGGUGGUCUUUUCUCAGGCAAGAUCAAGUCGCAAGACAUGGUCCCGGAAAGCGGUCGGUUCUCAGAUGUCAGCUCGGAGCAGGGUGCCAACUACCGAAAGCGAUACUUCCGCGAGAGCACAUUCAAGGCGAUUCAGCUGGUAGAAGGGGCUGUUGAAAAGCACAACUUGACCAUGAUUGAGACGGCGCUCAGAUGGGUCGUGCACCACUCCAAGCUCAAGAUCAAGGAUGGCAACGAUGGCAUUCUCAUUGGUGUAUCGAGUGUUGCGCAGCUUGAGGAUAACCUGAACAACCUGGAGAAGGGACCACUGCCAGAGGAAGUCGUGAAGGCGCUCGAUGAGGCAUGGCAAGUCUCCAAGGCUGAUUCGACAAAUUACUGGCACGGUGACCUGGACUAUGGCUAUGACCCCAAGCAAGUGCUGUUUGGGCCUGGGGCGAAGUAG